AUGGAUUUCAACAACUACACAAAUAUGUUUCUGUUCUUCAUUUUGAGCAUGCUAUGUUUUGAUUUUAUAGAUGUCAGUGUUGCCAUAGACACUAUUACAUCAACUCAGUUUAUCAAGGAUCCUGAAACUCUAAGCUCCAAGAGUGGUAAAUUCAUCUUAGGCUUCUUCAGCCCUGAAAAUUCUACGAAUCGUUAUGUCGGAAUUUGGUGGCAGCCACAGUUCACAGUUGUAUCGGUGCUUAACAGAGACCAACCUCUCGAAGAUUCUUCUGGUGUUGUUAAAAUAUCUGAUGAUGGUAAUGAUCUUGUGGUACUGAAUGGAAAGAAAGAGGUGAUUUGGACAUCAAAUGUGCCGAAUACCGCAGCCAAUUCAAGUUCUAAACUUUUGGAUACAGGCAACCUUGUACUAGUUGAAGGCGCAACAGGAAAAACUACAUGGGAGAGUUUCAAACAUCCUUCAAAUGUAAUAUUGCCAAACAUGAAAGUUACAGGCAACAAAAUAACAGGUGAGAAAGUAAAACUCACAUCAUGGAAAACACCAUUUGAUCCAUCUAUUGGAAGCUUCACUUUAAGUGUUGAAAGACUUCUUAUACCUGAAGUUUUCAUUUGGAAUGAAACUCGGCCAUAUUGGCGCACCGGUCCUUGGAAUGGUAAGAUUUUUACAGGGGUUCGUCAUAUGAAAACUCAUUAUCUCAGUGGUAUACGUGUUACAGAUGAUGGAGAAGGAAAUGUUUCGUUCUUUGAAAUAACGACGGAUACAGUUGGUCUCCUAAUCUAUACACUGACUUCAGAAGGAAAUUGUGAACAGAAGCAGUCGGAUGAUAAGAAGAAAGAAUAUACCUUCUUGAUUAUAGAUUAUAGUUUAUAG